CAUAAACCAGCAAACCAGUUAGACCAGUGUCAGUAAGUGUGAAAGUCAGCAGCUCCAUUUUGUGACGAGUGAAAACUAAAAGAUUUCAGGAGUAAAAAUACAGGUUUAAUUUAACACACCGAUGUUGGAGUGAAGUAAACGUGUGUCCUGCUGUAAUCUGGAGAAGGAGACAUGACCUGCAACAUGAGUGUGUCUGGAAAACAGGACUUAAAGAAAGAUGAGAGAAUGAUGGAGGGAAAGAGAUCAGACUCACCAGAACCCAGCUGUGUGUCCCUGAAGAGUGACCAUUCAACGGGAUGUCCAAUUAACUUCAGAGACGGAGACAGUUCUACUGAUGUGAGACCACAAAAAUCAAACAUCAGCACAAAUCAGCUGGACUCUAUAUUCAAGGAGCUGGAACACAAAGUCAUCACUCUGAUAAAGAAUGAGCUGAAGAGGUUUAGGAAGCUCCUGAGUCCAGAUUACCCAGCAUGCACUGAGAAGGAGGUGGAGGAUGAGGAGGAUCUGCACAGUGUCAGAGAGGGAGCGCUGAAGAUCACACUGCACGUCCUGAAGAACAUGAACCACACAGAUCUCGCUAACACACUGCACAACAAACUCGUCUCUGUGUAUCAGCCAAAGUUGAAGUCCAAGCUGAGAGAGAAGUUUAAAAGUAUUAAUGAAGGAAUCUCACAGCAUGGAAGCUCAGCACUUCUGAAUGAGAUCUACACUGAGCUCUACAUCACAGAGGGUUGGAGUGGAGACAUCAAUAAUGAACAUGAGGUGAGACAGAUUGAGGUAGCAUCCAGGAGACCAGCAACACAGGAGAAACCCAUCAAAUGUAAUGAUCUCUUUAAAGACAAGUCCAUCAGAACUGUGCUGACUAAAGGAGUUGCUGGAAUUGGAAAAACAGUCUCUGUGCAGAAGUUCAUUCUAGACUGGGCUGAAGGAGAAGCAAAUCAGGACAUCACCUUCAUGUUUCUACUUAGAGAGUAG